AUGGCGGAGUUCGUAAGAGCACAGAUCUUCGGCACCACCUUCGAAAUCACCUCCCGAUACACCGACCUGCAACCCGUGGGCAUGGGAGCGUUCGGCCUGGUCUGCUCGGCAAAAGACCAGCUGACCGGCCAGGCGGUGGCCGUCAAGAAGAUCAUGAAGCCCUUCAGCACCCCCGUCCUCUCCAAGCGCACCUACCGAGAACUCAAGCUGCUCAAACAUCUCAAGCAUGAAAAUGUAAUCAGCUUAAGUGACAUCUUCAUCUCGCCAUUGGAGGACAUGUACGUCGUGACGGAACUGCUCGGCACCGAUUUGCAUCGCCUCCUCACCUCGCGCCCAUUGGAGAAGCAAUUCAUCCAGUAUUUUCUCUACCAAAUCCUCCGCGGCCUCAAAUACGUCCACUCGGCCGGCGUCGUCCACCGCGACCUCAAACCCUCCAACAUCCUCGUCAACGAAAACUGCGACCUGAAAAUCUGCGACUUUGGCCUGGCGCGCAUACAAGACCCGCAGAUGACGGGCUACGUCUCCACGCGCUACUACCGCGCCCCGGAGAUCAUGCUCACGUGGCAAAAGUACGACGUCGAGGUCGACAUUUGGAGCGCCGGGUGCAUCUUUGCCGAGAUGUUGGAGGGCAAGCCGCUGUUCCCCGGCAAGGACCAUGUCAAUCAGUUCUCCAUCAUCACAGAGUUGUUGGGCACGCCGCCGGAUGAUGUGAUUCAAACGAUUUGCAGUGAGAAUACUCUCCGAUUUGUGCAAUCGCUGCCCAAGCGAGAGCGACAACCCCUGAAGAACAAGUUCAAGAACGCCGACCCUCAAGCCAUCGAACUCCUCGAGAAGAUGCUCGUCUUCGAUCCCCGAAAACGAAUCAAGGCCGGCGAGGCGCUCGCAGAUCCCUACCUCGCCCCCUACCACGAUCCCACCGACGAGCCCGUAGCAGAAGAGAAGUUCGACUGGUCCUUCAACGACGCCGACUUGCCCGUGGAUACCUGGAAGAUUAUGAUGUACUCCGAAAUCCUCGACUACCACAACGUCGACUCGGCGAAUGGCGAAGGCGGCGAGAAUGGCGACCACGCCGCCUAA